UUAGCCACCUCCAUUAGUGCUAUUCUGUGUCCCAUUAGUGUGUCACACCUGCAUAGUGGGGAUUAUAAUCCUGACAGCAGCCUUGUGCAACACCUAUAAAACCCCCUUUCCUCCGCUAAUGCACCACAUGCUAACAAGGCAAACACAGAGCAGCUCUAAUGGAAACAGGCAGCAGAGUGAUGGUGCAGGUGUUGUUGUUGGCGUUGGUGGGUCAGGUCACUCUGUCCCAGCACUGGUCCUAUGGAUGGCUACCAGGUGGAAAGAGAAGUGUGGGAGAGCUGGAGGCAACAAUCAGGAUGAUGGGCACUGGAGAAGUGCUGUCUCUUCCUGAAGAGGCGAGUGCCCAAACCCAAGAGAGACUCCGACCAUACAGUGUAAGCGACGACGACGACGACGACAACAACACAAACGAGUUUAAGGACGAGAGAAAAGAAAGUGGAAUUGAAUCCUCCACAACAGCGCCCACGGGACACCGAAAACUUCAACAAAUAUCACAUUUACUACAAAAUAUUGUGUCUGUAACACUUAAAUAUGAAUCUGUAAUAAAGUUUUUCCUGAAAGGUGAUUCAAUUAUUGCAUUUUUCUUUUUCUUCCCUUCUACAUCUGGUCAUUAG